AUGGUUUUAGGAAACCACAGCACCAUCCCAGAAUUCAUCCUCCUUGGACUAUCUGCCGACCCUCACAUCCAGGUUACGUUCUUUGUACUUUUCCUAUGGAUUUACCUCCUAACCAUGAUGGGGAACCUGAUGAUGAUGUUGGUCAUUAGGAUGGAUUCUCACCUCCAUUCACCCAUGUACUUCUUUCUCAGUCACCUCUCUUUCCUGGAUCUUUGUUUAACUUCAGUCAUUGUGCCCAAGAUGCUGGAAAACCUCCUAUCUCGGACAAAAUCAAUACCAAUAGAAGGAUGCCUUGCUCAGGCUUUUUUUGUGUUCUCCAUUGCAGGAACUGAAGUUUUUGUGCUCUCUGCCAUGGCUUAUGACCGCUAUACUGCCAUCUGUCACCCUCUGGUCUAUGGCCAGCUGAUGAGUAAACAGCUGUGUAGGGGUCUGGUAUGGGGCUCCUGGGGACUGAGUUUUCUGGACGCUCUCAUUAACACCCUCAUGACUUUGAAUUUGGACUUCUGUGGGGCUCAUGUCAUGCCUCACUUCAGCUGUGAGCUGCCAUCUCUAUUAUCUCUAUCUUGCUCUGAUAUCUCUAUCAACUUUUCAGUCCUGGGGUGCUCUGCAGUCAUGCAUGCCUUUGGAACUUUACUCUUGGUCUUCUUCUCAUAUGCCCGCAUUGUCUCCACCAUCCUGAACAUCAGCUCCACCACAGGUAGAAGCAAGGCCUUCUCCACCUGUUCUUCCCACCUCACUGCAGUGAGCUUCUUCUAUGGAUCUGCUUUUCUUCGCUAUUUCAUGCCAAACUUGAGUUCCCCACUGGAGUUGAUUUUUUCCAUACAGUACAGUGUGGUCACUCCCCUAGUGAAUCCUCUUGUCUACAGCUUGAAGAACAAGGAAGUAAAAGAAGCCCUGAGAAGAAUGCUGCGAAAAGGUUUACAGCAUCGCAGAUGGAGAACAAGUGGAGAAUGA